GUGAAUUUCUUGCGGUGGAAAAUGCUCGCAAGCCGAGGCAGAGUUUUUCAGUUCUGGAGCAUUGUCAGGAGGUACUCUGUGAAAUCCAGUGAUAAGCGAGUUCCUGAGGUCUCCACGAAGAUAUCAGCAACGGCACAAACUGCUCCCGGGAGUGAGAAAUCAGUGCGUAAAGUUUCCAUUGAUGAAGACACUAUUCAUCUUCUCGAGAGAUUAUCCCUGGUAAACAUCGAGAGCAAGGAAGCCCUAAGAGUCGUGGAAGAUUCCAUAGCGUUUGCUGAUAAAAUUCUAGACAUCAAUACAGAAGGAGUGGAGCCUCUAUACACAGUUCUCGAGGAUUGCGACUUGGAAUUGCGAGAAGAUAAAGUCACGGAUGGGAAUAUUCGUGAAGAGGUGCUGAAAAACGCCUCAGUGACAGAGGAGGAAUACUUUGUAGCUCCACCCGGAAACAUCCCACUGGAGAAGGAGAAAAAGUCCUUCACGUAG